CAUCAUCUUGAUUAAAUUCAUUUCAGUUAAAGCUUUUCAAAUGGAAACAACGAAAGUUUUCGCACUCGUUCUAUUAAUUAGUUUUAUACAAAUAAUUCCAAUUUACAGUGAUAGUCAACACUUAUUAGAAACCUGGAAUAAAAUAAAUACGAAUAAUGUUAACGACAUUCAGAAAAGUAAUGAUGUUCUUAAGGAAAUAAAAGAAGAACAAUUUGCAUUAGCUCAAUUACGUGCUAUUGUAGAGAGACAUCUAAGAACUAAAAAUGCUGAGCAAAUGGUAAAUGUUUUAAGUGCAAACGAUAUAUCAAUUUCUGACAACAAACUUAAAGAAAUUGUUGCAAAUAUUAGCAAGAAUUAUGAUCUACAACUGAUUGACAGCAUUAUAGCUCAGACCAUAGAUGAACUACUGCUGACGAGAAAUUUGACUGAAAUGCCUGAUUUAUUGUGGAGUAUUUAUCAGGAAAAAGAUUUGAAACACUUUGAAAUUAUGUUACGUUUACAAAUUCGUCUGUAUAGCAGUUAUGGUGGUCGGCAUCAUCCCGAUGAAGAUGAAUUUUUACAAAAAUACGCCUACACAUUGCAUAAAAUUAAGAACGAAACUUUAUACACUUCCGCAAAUAUGAGCUUAAAAUCAAAUGUAAACAGUAUAGAGGAGAAGUUGCCCAAUAAUUUAAAAUAUCUAUACUUUGAGCCAUAUUUUUGUCUACUAAAUGUUAAAUUUCAGAAAUAUAUUUAUACAGCAGUUCAACUAAAAGUGGAUCCUGUAAGUCGUUACAUUUGGCUGUGGUAUGACAACAAAUCUAUGGAUGAUACGGGCUAUAUAAAAGCUGAAGUUUUGCAGUUUAAUUCAAAUAAUGCGACAAAAUUUCAAGUUGCUCUUAGGGGCACUAAAUAUCAAUUGUAUUAUUACAUGAUGCCCGGCACACAUAUAAUUGCCGGUUGGGAUACUGUUGGCACCCCUUCAAAUUAUACUUGGGAUCUUGAGUUUUUGGAUAAUGAUCGUGUAGUAUUUUCACAAAAUGAUUAUAUAAUGUGUGGUGUCGAACAGCAUGACAAUGAGAGGCGUAAUGUUGGUGGACGCAAAAAGGGUGAAGUUUCAUCAACUAGUCCAGAGUGCCAGUGGCUUUUAGGAGAAUGUUUAUUUAAGUGAUUUAUUAAUUUAAAGUUCUUUUAAUAUUUAUUUGUCGCUUUAUUUAUAAUAAAAAAUUAUAAAAUUUUCAGUAAAAUAAUAAAAAUAUUUUAUUCACAAAUUACA